GCCGAGCUGGUCCACGAUCCAGCCGAUCGCAGCAUCCGAACCACGUGCACACGUGCAUUUAAUCCCCGUCUGAGACUUUCGAUAAAAGAGAUAGAAAAAUUUCAAAGAAUAAAAUCGUAGAAUAAUUUAGUUUUAAGAAUGAAAAUUACGUAAUCGAGUGACGCUGACAAUGUUAACAUUGGUGAAAAUAAUUGCCGGGUAGACGACCGUGAGAAAUUUUUUUUUUUUUUUCUUAAUAACUAAAAAAUAUAAAUUUGAUUAUUAAAAAAAAGGACAAUUACCUUCAUCUUGAGUGAAAGAUUUGAUUUUUUUUUUGUUCCUCUUAAUAGUAACUGUACGACACAUAAAUAGGUACGUUAUACCAUAUCGUGUACACCUAUGAGGUUGAAUAUAAUUACGCGAGAUAAUUUCUCAAGAUUUAACAUAAUCUAUAACCUAUCUCAUUCGUGAUAAGUGGAUAAAGUUUUGAAAGUGCACGGCAUCGGUCUUGCGUAUCAUAACGCGCGGUGGACUUCGAUAAAAACAAGAAGAUGGCUCUUGAUGUGCUCGUCAUCCUCUCCGUACUUGCAACAGGUGUUUUCGGAGGUUGUCCACCCGUGGAACCACCGCAAUGGGGAUCUGUAAGAGAACGGGUCCUGAAGACUGGAUCUCUUCAGACGAUCUACUCCUGCGAACCCGGUCGACGACUGAGAGGUCACAAGGUCCUAACGUGUGUUGGAAACGGCUGGAAUUAUCGAGUACCAAAAUGCAUACCGAUAGAAAAUGAUGGAGCCUGGUGGAAAAUACGAAAAGAUUUGUUUUUGGGCGACGAUCCGUCAACGGGCGACGAAUACUCGAAACGACAGCAGGUGAAGAGAAAAAUCGGAGAAUUGAAGAGAAGGAAAAUUAAAAGGAGGCUCAUCGGAAAAUCUCAGCAGUCGGAAGCCCCCGUCGCAAUCGGUGGCAGAACUGAUUUGAACGAAAUUUUAACUUCGAGGCUCGACCUCAGCUGCUUCACCAAGGCCAGAACAAGGGGCCCCCUCAAAGCACCGACUGUUGAACAUUCUCAUACCGCAAAAUACGCCAGGAAGAAAAACGCCCAUCCACCUCACAACGUUUACCUUGUAGCGGUCUACGAUUGUCACGAAGGAUUUUCUCUGAAGGAUCCGGAAAUCGACCGUCUCUUUUGUAGCGACAGUCAAUGGAUCGGAACGUUACCGGAAUGCGUCAAAGAGGCUUCAGCUCCGUCGGAAAUAAAAGUGCGACGUUGCAGCGAGGAGAGAGGUGGAUGCGAUCAAUUGUGCGAGGAUAUUCCUACGGGGGUGAAGUGUUCCUGUUUCGAAGGAUUUCGAGCCGAAGGACCCGUCUGCGUUGACAUCGACGAGUGCGCCGACGGGACAGCCGGUUGUUCGGACCUGUGUCACAACGAUCCAGGAUCUUUUCGUUGCGACUGCAAUCCCGGUUACCAGCUGGACACGGAUGCCCGAUCUUGUCAAGACACGAACGAAUGCCUUUCGAACAACGGGCACGGACCGUGCCAGGGUAGCUGCCGUAACAUGGACGGUGGCUACGAAUGCACUUGCACCGAGAUACCGGGUUACAAGUUGGCGUCGGACAAUCACACUUGCGAAGAUAUCGACGAGUGUAAGAACGGCAACGCCGGCUGUUCGCACACUUGUCUCAACACCCCGGGGAGUGUCUUCUGUCUUUGUCCCGACGGAUUCGUCCUCGCUGACGAUUGGAAGACCUGCAACGACAUCAACGAAUGCGAAAGCGAGCCACCCGUUUGUUCCGGCGAAGGGGAAGACUGUCAAAAUACCCCUGGAUCUUUCAAGUGCGUUACCCAGCCGAAAAAAAUAACAAAAAUCCUUCAGGACGAGGACUACGACGCCGAGGGCGACGACUACGAUGGGGAAUACGACGAGGAGGAUGAGGAGGGGGUCACGGAUAUCCCGGAAUACGGGGGAUGUUCGGAGGGCUUUAAGAAAAAUGAAAACGGGGAAUGCACCGACAUCGACGAGUGCGUAGAGGGUGACGAAGGUGAGCCUCACGGCUGCGAACAUAUUUGCGUAAACGAACCCGGCGGCUACUACUGUUCGUGCAAACCCGGUUACGAGAUAGAGGACGACGGACAAACUUGCAAGGACGUGAACGAGUGUGGAAAUGUACCUUCGCCCUGUUCUCACACCUGCGUCAACACCGAGGGGUCGUACGAUUGCAUCUGCCCUCCGGAAUUCGAUCUGCGGUCGGACAACAGAACCUGCGAACAGCGGGAAGACAACGAAGUCGCCGACGAAGAGAAUUGCGAAAAUAAGAAACCGCCGUGUUCUCAUCAGUGCCGAGACACCGAACUGGGACCGAAAUGCAUCUGCGAUUCGGGUUUCUCACUCAGCGAGGACGGACACACGUGCGAUGAUAUCGACGAGUGUGAAACCCCCGGAUUAUGCUCGCACACGUGUCUUAAUACGGAAGGCAGUUAUCAUUGCUCCUGCCCCGAAGGGAUGAUCAAAUCUCAAGAAGAUUCAUCGAAAUGUAGCGACGUAGACGAGUGUUCGACAAACGUUCAUCGAUGUUCGCACGGCUGUAUCAACGAGUUGGGGAGCUACAAGUGCAAUUGCUCGGCUGGUUACAUUCUUGCCGAGGACAACAGAACUUGCAGAGACGUUGACGAAUGUUUGGAAAAAAGUCACGGAUGUUCGCACGACUGCGUCAACGCCGAUGGCAGCUAUUCGUGCUCAUGUCCUCCAGGUUUGCGACUCAACGCGGAUGGAAACACCUGCAGCGAAACGCCGAAGUCAUGCGACGACGCGCGAUGCGAUGCAUCGAAAUGCGUAACCAACGAGGAAACUGGAAAAUGCGAUUGCCCGACGGGAUUCACCCUGGGAAGGGAUGGGGAGACGUGCGAUGACGUGGACGAGUGCGAAUCGGACGAGUACGAUUGUUCCCACGAUUGCGUGAACACCCCGGGAAGCUACAGAUGCACUUGCCCGGACGGUUUGAAGCUUUUCGAGGACGGUUUGAACUGCGAAGACGGUUCGUGUCCGGAGGGGCUGCGUCAGGACGACAACGGCGAAUGCCAGGACAUAGACGAAUGUCGAGAAGAUGACCACGACUGUUCGCACGAGUGCGUGAAUGAGAAGGGCACUUACCGCUGCGCCUGUCCGGAUGGAUUGACCUUGGGAGAAGACGAAGUUACUUGCGAACAGACGAACGCAUGUCUGGGCGCGCCGUGUAGCCACGAAUGCGUGCCGGACGGCAAAAACUACGAAUGCAAAUGUCCUGCCGGAUACGAGUUGAAAGAUGACGGCGUCGAGUGUCAGGAUAUAGACGAGUGCGCGGAUCUGGAGAUCCACGGAUGUCUACACGGCUGCGUGAACACCCAGGGAGGGUACAAUUGCACCUGUCCGUCUGGCUUUUACUCCCUCGACGAGGAAAAGUCUUGUCAGGACAUAAACGAGUGCGAGGAUCGAGAUUUCAAACACGAAUGCUCCCAUACAUGCGUGAACACCGUCGGGGGCUACAACUGCACCUGUCCACCUGGUUGGAAGCUUUCCCCGAAUCAUAGAUCGUGCGAUAUUCACGAUCCGUGUCUCAACGGUUCGCACGGAUGUUCGCACGUUUGCGAACACGACGGCGGUGACAUUCGUUGCGGAUGUCCGGAAGGAUUUGAACUCGGUGAUGACGAUAAGACCUGCGGUGAUGUCGACGAGUGUACGGAUGAAACGACGCACGGCUGCUCGCACCUUUGCAUAAAUUACGAAGGAGGAUAUCGAUGCUCCUGUGAGUCCGGAUUCACCCUGAGAACGGACAACAGGACAUGCGAAGAUGUCGACGAAUGUCUUGGCGAACACGGCUGCUCGCACAGUUGCCUCAAUGAAAUUGGUCGGUUCAAAUGCGUCUGUCCACCGGGUUAUAUGAUUUCGGACAACGGGACCGACUGUGAAGACAUCGACGAGUGCGUUCAGGAAAUUAACGAGUGUUCGGACGAUUGCGUAAACUCAGAAGGCAGCUACAGGUGUUCGUGUCCAGCUGGAUUCACGCUUGGAAUGGAUCAACGAACUUGUCAGGACGUCGACGAGUGUUCGAACGCCGAUCACGGCUGUUCGCACGAGUGCGAGAAUUUCGAAGGAGGAUACUCCUGCUACUGUCCGGACAGUCUGACCAUCAGCGAGGACGACAAGACUUGCGUUGAUUUGGACGAGUGCGCGAUUGAACACAAUUGCAGUCAUACGUGUGUCAAUGUAUUCGCCGGGUACAAUUGCACGUGUCCCGAAGGAUACGAGUUACACGAAGAUCAACGAACUUGUCGAAAGAUUGAUUUCUGUACUUCGGAUCACGGAUGUUCACACUCCUGCAGAAGUAUCGUCAACGGUUUCGAGUGCGAGUGUCCUUCCGGUUACGAGUUGAGUACGGAUAAAAAAACUUGCGACGACAUCGACGAAUGUCUCGAUGGAAACGAUAUCGACAAUCUAUGUUCUCACGAGUGUUCGAACACCCCCGGAUCCUACGUAUGCGAAUGUCCCGUCGGAUAUAAAAUUGGAAAUGAUAAAAGAAAUUGCGAGGAUAUAAACGAAUGCGUCGUGAACAACGGCGGUUGUUCGCACCUUUGCGCCAAUACUGACGGCGGGAUGGAAUGUGCAUGCAUGGAUAAUUAUAGCCUUCUGGAAGACGACGGUAAGACCUGCGUGGAGGUGGACAAAUGCUUUUUCGAUAACGGAGGCUGCUCGCAUUUCUGUCACUACGUGAACGGCACCGUUACCUGCUCGUGUCCCGAAGGUUUGAGUCUCCUACCGACCAACGACUCGAUCUGCCACGAGAACGACAAGUGUUUGGCGAACAACGGCGGGUGUUCGGAUAUCUGCACUUUUCUUCACGGUUCGGUCACAUGCUCCUGUUCCGAUGGUUACCAAUUAUCAGAAAACGACGAUACCGCCUGCGUCGACGUCGACGAGUGCGGAGAAAAUCUGGACAAUUGCACACACUUAUGUGUCAACGUGGAGGGCGGUUUCGAAUGCGAAUGUAACCGAGGGUUUACCGUAAAUGGAGAUGACCCGGCGUUGUGCGACGACGUUGACGAGUGCGAAGAGGAUAACGGUGGCUGCUGGCACCACUGCGUGAACACGGUGGGUUCGUUUUACUGUACUUGCAAAUCGGGUUACAGUCUGGACCUCGACAAUUUCACUUGUUCGUUAACGAACGGGUGCCACGAAAACAACGGGAACUGUUCCCACCAUUGCCACAACAAGAACGGAGUUCCGGAAUGCUCAUGUUCGCCGGGGUUCAAGCUGGGCACCGACCAAAAAUCAUGCAAUGACGUGGACGAAUGCGAGGAGUUCGAAAACGACAUAUAUUCCGGCUGCUCUCACAAAUGUGUCAAUAUUCCGGGUGGUUAUCAUUGCGAAUGUCCCGAGGGAUACGUCCUGCUUCCGGAGGAUAAGAAAACCUGCAUCGACGUUGACGAGUGUCUUCACCAGAGUCACAACUGUUCGCACAAUUGUUUAAACCUCCUAGGAAGCUACAUAUGCACUUGUUACGAUGGACAUUAUCUGCACCAGGAUAACGAAACGUGUUUGGACAUCAACGAGUGUAACGAUAACAAUGGAGGAUGUUCGAACAAAUGCGUCAAUACUGUUGGGAGUUACCACUGCGAGUGUCCCGACGGAUUCGAACUGAAGGACGACGAAAAAGAUUGCGAAGAUAUCGACGAGUGCAAGAACGGAAUAGCUGUAUGUUCUCACGAAUGUAUCAACCUUCCGGGUUCUUGGAAAUGCAUUUGUCCGGACGGUCAUAUUUUACUGACCAACGGAACCUGCGUCGAUGUGGACGAAUGCAAAAUUGAAAACGGAGGAUGUUCGCACGCCUGCUUCAAUAUUCCCGGCGGUGUCAGAUGCAGUUGUCCGAUAGGACUGGAACUGGAAGACGACGGAAAAAUCUGUUCCGAUAUCGACGAGUGCCUGACGAACAACGGCGGGUGUUCGGACAUCUGCACAAAUCAUGACGGCACUUUCAAAUGCGGAUGUUCGAAAGGAUUUCACCUCGAUCACGAUUACAAAACUUGCAUCGACACGAACGAAUGCGAAACGAAAAAUGGCGGUUGUUCGGACACCUGCGUAAAUCGAAACGGAACGUAUCACUGCCAAUGUCCCAUCGGUUUUCACCUGGCGACGGAUGAAAAAACUUGCCGCGAUACAAACGAGUGCGAACUCGACAACGGCGGAUGUUCCCACGACUGUUUCAACACCCCGGGUUCAUUUUACUGCGAUUGUCCGACGGGAUUGAAUCUCCGCGGUAAAAUUUGUCAUUCGACGAAUCCUUGCGACAUCGGUAACGGAGGAUGCGAGCAAAUAUGCGAAAGCGAAGACACCGGGGUGAUAUGUUCUUGUAGAAAAGGUUGGGCAAUACACGCUGAAAAUUCUUCUCGGUGCGUCGACGUCGACGAAUGCGAGGCGAAGAGUCACGGAUGCGAUCAAAUUUGCAUCAAUACUCUCGGAUCGUACGAAUGCAGGUGUGAGGAUGGAUUCUUGAAAAUCAAUAACACCUGUACCGAUAUCGACGAAUGUCUGAACGAUGUUUGCGAUAAAAAUCGUUGCAUAAAUACGCUGGGAAGUUACCAUUGCCAGUGCGACACGGGCUUCGAAUUUCGCGGAGGUUCUUGCGUAGACAUCGACGAAUGCGCCAUGGGAGUACCGUGCAGGGGUCGUUGCGUAAACACAGAGGGAUCUUAUCGAUGUGCUUGCGCCGUGGGUUUUCAAUCUCUGGGAACUACAUGCGUGGAUAUAAACGAGUGCGAGAUAAACAACGGAGGCUGCCAUCACGAAUGCGUGAAUACGAUGGGAUCGUACAAGUGCGCUUGUAAGCUCGGAUACACCGUUAAUUCCAGGGGCAAUUCCCGUUGUCAGGAUGUUAACGAGUGCUUGAACCAGAACGGUGGAUGCAACGGAGACUGCGUUAAUACACCUGGAAGUUUUUACUGCGCUUGCAGCGACGAUUUGAUAUUAGAUACAAACCAGAGAACGUGCGUACCGCGAGUAUCGAGAUGCCGAGCCAUGGAGGUUCCGCGCAACGCCGAGGUCAGAUGUCCCGGUCACCCUUCCGGUGCUUUGGAUUACCCGCAGGGGGCGAGGUGUCACGUAAGAUGCAGACGAGGGUUUAAAUUGGAGGGUCCGCACGUGAGGCAUUGCACAGCUCACGGAAAAUGGAACGGCAAAGAACCAUCUUGUCAAAGUAUGCCUAGACCAUUUAUCAGGUGUCCGACCGACAUCGACGUUGAACUACCUACGAGACAAAAUACCGCGAGAGUAUCGUUCCCCCAACCAAAGUCAAAUAUGGACUGGUGGCGAUACAUCGACGCGUCUCCUUCUUGGGGAAAAAAUCUUCAAGGUGACCUUGGCCCUGGAACAACCGUCAUUUCCUUCACCGCUUGGUCACCGGUAACCAACCACACGAGUACUUGCAGAGUCGUGAUUCGUGUACGAGAUACGGAAAGUCCGAGAAUGUUCGGUUGCCCGAAGUCUUUCGAAGUUCGUUUGAAUCCAGGAGAAAAGUACCGAACAAUUUUUUGGUCCGAACCCGAGUUCACGGAUAACGUGAAAGUCGAACAGGUCUACAAGUCCAAAGAACCAGGCGAUGUGCUGUACGCCGGAACCCACAACGUUCGCUACACCGCAUCGGAUGCUGCUGGAAACCGAGCGGAUUGUCAUUUCUCCGUAACUAUUCUGGAAGCUGAAAACCGCAGGGAACAACCGCAGAGAACGACUUACAGAAAAAUGCUCAUGUGUCCUGGUAAAGCUCCCCAAGUGCUUCCGGCCACUUCGUACAUGUGGCAGGUCCCUCCUGGAUGUUACAUGAGGUACACCAAGGUGUUUUCGGGGUCUUACACCUUCCAGCAUUAUCACACCCUACAGGAUAACGGAUACCAGAACGCCAGGGCUGCUUAUCAUCAGGUUCAUCCUGUCCAAGUUAUUCGGCGAACUCAGAAUCCGAACUACGGAUACGUCGAUUGUAAGUAUCGCCAAUCAAGACAACAACAACAACAACAACAGAAUUAUCAAAUUCAACUGCAACAAUUCCGUCAACUCCAACUACAACGGCAGCAGCGUUUGGAGGAACAGCAGCGGCAGCAGCAGCAGCAGCAGCAGUCGUACUAUCAUCGAAGUAAUUCCGGAUUCAAGCAGAAAAAGUACUCCGGAAGAGGUCACGUUGAAACCAGGAUAAUACCUCGUACCAAGUGUUGUUCGUAAUAGAUUCACGUUACGCUACAAAUAUAAGGCAUUUCGUACGAAAUUGACCAACGUAUGGAAUUACUUUUCACUAUUUCCGAUCAGAUUUACUUAAUUCUCCUACUCGUUCAGAAAUUGGAAUCAUAUUAAAAUCAGAUUGCAGAUCAUUUUCGAUCGUAUUCGGAAGUGGUGAACAUUUUCCAGGAUAAUCGAACCGUAGCGUAUCUUUUUUUUGGUCUCAUUAUGAAACAACCACGUUCGCGAAAUAAUGUCUCCUCCAAUCAGAUAUAGUGAGGGAAAGAUAAUUAUAAUCGAAUAAUUAGCAUGCGAUGCCUCGUAUACGAUACAUCCAUAUGAAUAUACAUUCGUUAUAUCACAUACUAUAUGAUUGAAAAUCCAGUGCAGCAGAAUCAAAGUUCCUGGUCGAAAAAUACAUUAAACUAUAGUAUAUAGUUUUAAAAAAAAUUCGGAGUUGUCUGAUAAAAAUUCUUUUCUUUUUCCAUCGCCAUUAAAAGAAGAAAAAAUUAUUGAUCGCAGCUUUAUAUAUAUAUGAUUAUCGUAAUUAUAGAUACGCGUA